GGGCGCUCGGCGAGACGCGCGGCGACGCGCACACCCACACUCACCACACACCCACGGAGGGAGGUGUGGAGCGCCCCGAUGCCCGGGCAUCUCGGCUGCGGCGGGACGCGCAGACGCUUCCGUGAGCCCCGCCGCGCGCAGGGUCUGCACUCACCCGGGCCCGCAGCCCGCGAGCCUCAGACGCGGGCUGCCGACGCCUCCGGCCCUCCACGUCAACCAGACCCGCAGAGCGAACGCUCCGCGGCUCCUGAGGCGGGCGGGUCACGUGGCUUAGGAUUGUCUAAAGCCACAGGGAAGAUGGUGGAAAAUUCACCGUCGCCAUUGCCAGAAAGAGCGAUUUAUGGCUUUGUUCUUUUCCUAAGCUCACAAUUUGGCUUCAUACUUUAUCUUGUGUGGGCUUUCGUUCCCGAAUCUUGGUUAAACUCCUUAGGCUUAACUUACUGGCCUCAAAAAUACUGGGCGGUUGCAUUGCCCGUCUACCUCCUUAUCACAGUUGUAAUUGGUUAUGUGCUCUUAUUUGGAAUCAACAUGAUGAGUACCUCUCCACUUGACUCCAUUCAUACGAUCACAGAUAACUAUGCUAAAAACCAACAGAGGAAAAACUACCAAGAGGAUGCCAUCCCAGCAUUGAGAGAUGUCCCCAUUAGUGAAGUAAACAAAAUGUUUUUCCUAGGAGCCAAAGAACUCAAUACCUAAAACUGAGCUGUGUAUAAACAUCCUAAAACCAGUCAUUUACAGUUGUGGGCUGAAUAAUUUUGAGCAUAAUUAUAUUGAUUGUCCUUUUAAUACCCAAUAUUGACAUGUAAAAACAUGACAGUUGAUUCCUUAGAUUAAGUUCAAUUGGUAUUGUAAAUAUUUUCAACUGAGUUUUUAAUUGACAAUAAAUAAAAUACCACAUUAUACUAUA